CUAGUACUCCUAGUGCCGACUGCCGGAUGAAUAUCACAAAAGUUGCGCAGUUAGUGCUGAUUUUAGUACGUCUGUUGAAAUUUGAGUGAGGAGCGAUCGACGAGGUCUAUAUCUUAUUUAUCAUUAUUAUUGAUCGUUUAAGAAGAGUAAUUGCAAAACACUGUAGAAAUGAAGACAUCGUUGGACCCAAUAUACGUGCAGGAAUUUCUAUUUAAACAGUCAAGUACAUCUCAAGUAUUUGACUUGAAGACUCCUGCAUAUAUUCCUGCCGCUUGCAAUCUUCUUGUGGCUGACAAGAAACGAGGACUACUUUACAUAGGACAUGAUGAUAAAAUUACCGUCUUAAAGCCAGUGGAGGAGAACAGUGCAGAGUGGAAGAUAGAACUUCAGUUGCCAGGCGUUAUAUCAAAGAUUGCAAUUAAUUGUGAUUAUAAUUAUAUCGCUAUAGGCAUAGCAUUGAAGCCUACAGUAUUGAUAUAUGAUGCCCAUUCACUAGCUAGAAAUAGUCUCAACCUGUUACUUGAAAUAACACCAACGAACAAGCUAGAUAGCUACAUAACGGACAUACGAUGGAAUCCUACCGUACCUGUGAUGUUUUGCAUCGUUACUAGUGACUGCGUCAUUGGUAGCUUUCAAUUGAAAAUAGAUGAAGAGAUAAGAGAAAAUUUUGUACCAAAAGUAUCUGUACUUUCCAAAGUGUCAAACGAGCCACAGGCUCUGUGCGCAGUCUGGAGUCCCAAAGGCAAGCAAAUAGCAGUGGGUUGCAAGAAUGGAGAUAUCGUACAACUGAAGCCAGACACUUUGAAGGUCGCUAGAACUAUUGCGGGCCCUUCACCAUCCAUCGGAGAGGUGAUUAACAUCCUAUGGCUCAGCAAUUAUCAAUUUUGUGCCGCAUAUCUGAACAAUGAGCGGCAUAUAAACGUUCUCAUCGUUGACGCACCGAAAGGGGAGGCAAAUGCUAUCUUUACAUGCUAUGAAGACAUUACAUACGGUUUUCCCGACGCCGAGGGAGAGGACAGCAUUCCACGUUAUUAUUUCGAGCACGUGCCAGAAUGGGGACUCAUUAUAGCGGGCAGUAGCACCAGCAGCGAAAUAGCUGUGCUAGGCACUACAGAUGGCGGCGCGAAUUGGAAUCAGUGGCAAUUAAUCGACAGCGGCAGGGCCCAAUUGCCGCUGAUGAGAACCACGGAAAUUUAUCCCUUGGGCCUAGCUGUGGACAAGUCGCCGACCAACAAAUUGCCGUGGGGCACGGAGUCCAUGUUGCCGCAUCCAGUUCCCAUUUUGCAUAUUCUUGGAACGUCCGGGAAAUUGUGCAGCUUUCACAUGGUCAAUCUGGCACCCAACUGUCCUGCCAUCAAUGUCCCGCCCACGGAAAUUGUCACGCCUCCAGCACCGUUACAGCCUAAUGCUUUGCCCGCAGAAAUAUCGUUUAGUAUAAAUGCCGCGGCGACCAGCACGCCGCAACGUCCGAAGCAGCCGGAGAUAACGUUGGAACGAUCAAAGCCUGCUCCGAUGACGAAUAUAUUUGGCGACUCUUUGAAAGCAGCGGGAUUCUUUCAACCACCUAUGGAACAACCAGCAGAACAGCCGAAACCGCAAGAAGAAAAACCUGCGCCGCAGACGGUUGCAAAACCGAUUAUACCUAAAGAGCCAAUACUGUCGGAACCUAUAAAGGUUCCGGAAAUCAAAUCAGUUGUAGAUAAGGAAGUAAGUUCGCCGCAAGUGGCAGAACAGAAAGCUUGUAUAGAUGAUAGCUUACGGAUGCAAGCUUACAUGCAGGAGCAGGCGUUGUUCGAGAAAGAGCUGCGAAAUAGACUGGAACCGCAGGUGUGGGAGUGCGGUACGGACGCGGAAAAGAAACAGCUUGGGGAGAUGUCCGUCUAUAUAGAACAGUUCUUGAGAGAUUUAAAGGACACGACGAACAGCCUGUCCAGUGAUAUAGCGUACUUAAAAGCUCUGUUGCUCCAGUCAUUCGCAUGGGUUGAAGAAACCAAAUCGAAGAACGCAGCCAGUGUUGAUAUCACCACCAGAAAUUACAGCGAAAAUAGCAAAAUUGCGGAUCUGCAACGAUGGUACUAUUACACGCAAACGCAGCUGAAUCAAGUCAAUAAGAUCUUGGAUCUGGAAUGGUCGGAGCACAAAGCGCAGGUAAAAUCGAAGAUGAAAAUUCCCAGCUUGGAGUAUGUGUAUCAGAAUCUUCUGAUGCAUAGCAAGAUCAUCACGAAGGAAAAAGAGAAACUCGAGCAGCUUGCGCGGCGAUGGAAGUCUCUCAAUCGCUCAUUGGUGGCUGACGGCAUGUCCAACCUUAAUCGCUCGAUGACGAGUCUGCACGUGAGUUCGCCGAAAUCGUCAGCGUCGGUCAUUCGGGGGAAGACCGAUGUUAUAGACGCCCGCUGCAAAACCAUCGCCUCGAAGACUCUGAGUUUCACACAUGAAAAGCAGAUCAAGUUGAGGACAUUGCUCACCGAAUCAUCUCCGAAAAUUAUCAAGCCGGUCAAUCCGUCACCGAUUCAGGAUCGUCUAAAGGCCACGCUGUCUUCUUUAGCGUCUCAUAGUCCUGUGAUCAAUGAGGCUAAGACCAAAACCGAGCCGUCGAUUGUUAAGCAGAAUAUCACUGUCAAGCAGCCGGUCGAGAAGCAGACCAAAACGCAAAGUCCUCUCGCUUCAUUGAACAGUAUCGUUGCGAGAAUCGGUUCGUCCGACACGAACGGCGCCGUCACGCAGAACAAGAUCCAACAGAAGGUACCAACGACCGUUUCUUUCUCCAGUACGAUUUCUACGAAGCAAGCGGACAAGAAGCCUGCCACACCAGCAGUUCUCGCAGUGUCCCAAUCUAAACCGAAGCAGGAGCUCAACGUUAAUUUCCCGGCGUCUAUCACAUUUGGAACGUCGACGCCGAAAUCUCAAGAUAUUCUCUUUUCGAAAUCUCUCCUUACAGAUCCAACUGCCAGGAACAAUAAGGAAUCAGUGAGCAGCGAUAACGUCCCUAAAACCCCGGAGUCUGCUUUAUUCUCGACCGGACUGUUAAAGGACGUGUUGUCAACAGAAUAUCCGUUAACAGAGACCUCUCGUAUGGGAAUCCCACGUAAUCUUUCAUCACUCUCGGCGGCGCCAGCUGUAAAAACGGACGCUGCUGUCACGUUCAGUUUCGCUACACCUAGUACGGCCCCGCCUGUUGCGAAAAGUUCAUCCCCCGGUAUUCCGCUCGACAUGAUGUCCUUCGCUUACUCGAAAUCCAUACUCCAUACUCCUACCGUAGAACCCACGAUAACAGUUCAAACAGUACCGAUGCAGACGCCGAUAGAACUCUCGGCUUUAUCCUUGGGAUCACCCAGCACGUUAACUCUUCAUCAGGCCGAUUACUCGAGCAGCAGCGCGGACGGAAAGGUAAAUGCGAUUCCGACUUCCAUUAGCUUCGCUGCAGCUGCACCGGUCAUUACAACACAGGCUCUCGCGGCGACUGCCAUUACAUCCGUUAUGACUCUUGGUGGAGUUACCAUUAGCGUUGUAGAUGCGAACGCAGCUCGCAAGUCCAUGACGGAGAUACCAGCCACCAGUUCAGUCGUCAUCGAGAAAGUCACUACGCCUGAAGUAAAAGCAUCCACCUUUGGUACUGUAACUGCUCAGGCUCCGAUUUCGUUAGCCGCGGCACCAAUAUUCGGCGGCCAGACCGUCAUAAAGGAUGCAACGACAGUGCCAGAGACGAUCACACUGCCCGCAACGACUACUUUCGGCGCAGUUCCUUUCCCGUCGAUUACAUCUACUUUUGGAACGUCAACCUUAGCGGCGCCGACCACUGCGUCGGUAUUCAGUGGAUUCACAAACACGUCGAUCGGCGUUACCACCAGCUCUUCGACGAUGCCUGCGAGCAGCACCGUGUCCCCUUUCCAGACUUCCCUGAGUAAACCGACGUUCGGCGAAACCACCGCCGCCAGUAUGUCAGCCACGAGUUUCGGGAUCAGCUCUGGUAACACCUCCGCGGGCACAAUCUCGUUCGGCAUGCCUGCGGCGACGACGACGACAGUAACCUCCAUCACGCCGGCGUUCGGUAAGAGCCCGAUAGCGUCUCCGGUGUCGAACGCGCAAUUCCCGGGUGUGCAGCCGCCCGCGUCGUCGGCGAAUGUCUUUGGAAAGCCGAUAAUCAGUCCCGCAUCGUCACCGUUCGGCAACACCUCAAGUUCCGUAUUCUCCAAUACGCCCGCUACCUCUACGAACACCUCUAUAUUCGGAGGCAACAGUAUGAAUUCUAUCUUCGGGUCGACUUCCCCGAGCGGAAAUAUCUUCGGGGGUAACACAACGGGAUUUGGUACGGCCUCAUCGGGAUCUAUAUUCGAUACCAACGCCCCGAAACCCGGUAUCGUGUUUGGUGGAGCAACAAAUACACCCGCUUCUCCGUUUGGUGGUGCAGCGAGCAACACGUCGCCGGCGGCAGUUAGUGGUUCCCCUGCAGGCGUAAAUGUCUUCAGAUCUACUGUGCCUAACACGUCUCCUAUACAGCAACCUGUACUCAACAGCCAACCCGCUUUCGGACAAGCUCCCGCUUUUGGCGCCAAGCCAGUGUUCGGAUCGUCACCCAUCUUCGGGGGAGCGAAACCUGUUUUUGGAGGUGCUGGUUUUGGUUCACCCCCUACGUUUGAAUCUCCUGGCAUGGGAUUUGGAAGUCCAUCUGCCAUGCAAGCUGGAUCUACAAUGGAAAAUAUGCCAAAAGUGUUUGGAGAAGUGGCAGGCAGCAGUACGUUCGAAUCUUUAGCCAAUCAGUCAGGUGGUCUCAGUUUCGGUAGCUUAGCCCAGAAGAAUUCAGAACCAGAGAAACCAACGUUCACUGCCAGCAGUUCGUUCUCCAGUUGGAGAUGAAUAGAAUAUGGUUGCGGCAGAUUUACCUUCAAGACCUGUCAUACGUCAUGUCUAGCAGAUUAUGAAAUUUCUAUUGAAUAAGGAGUAAGUUAUCAAAUUACAAUCGUGUACAUAUUGUUUUACAAUCGAAAAGAUGUACUUUUUAUGAAAAGGAGCUCACAUUCUAUCAUGUCUUAUACCUUGUAAUAAAUGAGAGAACAGAUCUAAGUUUCACAAUAAAACAUUUCCAUUUUCAAAUCAAGAAAAAACGAUUGAUAAAUAUUUUGAACCUGAAUGCAAGUUGUAAUGUAGCGCGCCAGUUCUCACAUUAAACAUGAAUGAACAUUGAA